AUAUGAGCUCCGCGGAGGCGCCUCCUCGGCCUUUUUCCGCCUCGUUCUUCGCUCGCGCCGGGGGCUGCCGCCACUAGCGCUCUUCCACCCGACACCGCCGGCCCGCCGCCGCCGCCGCCCGCCCGCCGCCUCAGCCAUGAUCAUCUACCGCGACUGCAUCAGCCAAGAUGAGAUGUUCUCGGAUAUCUACAAAAUCACAGAAGUUGCCAACGGCCUCUGCCUGGAAGUGGAAGGGAAGAUGGUCAGCCGGAAAGAGGGCGAAAUUGACGAUGCUCUGAUUGGUGGAAACGCGUCCGCCGAAGGCCCCGAGGGAGAUGGCACAGAGGCCACCGUCAUCACCGGGGUUGACAUCGUCAUGAACCACCACCUCCAGGAGACCUCUUUCACCAAGGAAUCUUACAAAAAGUACAUCAAGGACUACAUGAAGUCGAUCAAAGCCAGAUUGGAGGAAACUAAGCCAGAGAGAGUAAAGCCUUUUAUGACAGGGGCAGCUGAGCAAGUCAAGCACAUCCUGGGAAACUUCAAAAAUUAUCAGUUUUUUGUAGGCGAGAACAUGAAUCCAGACGGCAUGGUGGGGCUACUGGACUUCCGCGAAGAUGGCGUGACCCCCUAUAUGAUUUUCUUUAAGGAUGGAUUAGAGAUGGAAAAAUGUUAACAAGAAACCAAUCAUUCCGAAUCAUUUGUCAUCAUAAUUGGCUGCUGCUCUUUAUUCAUCAUCCCAACAAAAAAAAAAAAAAACACCAUCAUGACUCAACAAAUGUCUGCAAACCUGGACCUGAUUUCAUCUUGAGCUUAAUUUGAUUUAUUUUGAUCCCCUUCCCCCGAAUUAAUUGGAAGUGGAGGCAUUUGGGGUUUUUUUUGUUUUGGGUUUUUUUAAAAAAAAAAAAGGAGGAAAAAAAAACUGUCUUGUAGGCUGUCUAAAAUAAAAAAAAAACUCAUUUAAACCCAGCAUUAGGUGACGCCUCUUGGUUUAAUGUGUUGAGCGGGAUUCUUGUAGCUGUUGUGCGUUUGGAUGGCUUGCUAUCUCCCUAGCGGUAGUGUGGCCUUUAGCGGUUGCGUCUCCACAUACUGGGACUUUGACAACUGGAAGAUCGAAUUGGCCACAACCGAACUGUUGUUUAGACAACUUGGAAAAAACUUCUAAUAAAUAAAAGAAGACGGAAGACUUUAUGAAAGCAGACUUCGCAGCUCGUCACGCGGCAAAUCGCAAUAACUACUCGGGAGGACAAGGUGUGGCGUAGCUCCACACGCCAAUCUGAAUAUUUCGCCCGUAAAGGAGGAGAGAUGUCGUAAUUUUUUUUUUCAACAAACACACAUCAUGGCAAAUGCUGAUUUGAGCAGAAAGUGGGAAGAGAAUUCCUGGCAGCGGGAACGAGAAUAUUGGGCAAGGAACCUACGCAUUUCUCGAGGCGUCGCUGACGUGUUGUAAUAACGAAAUAACUGUAAUUUAAAUACAUUAAGUAUAAUACCAAUUUCA